AUGGCAUCAUCAGCACCGCCAGGCUCCUCCGCGGGCGUCCAGAACUCAAAGAAAUCGUUGGGGUUCAUAGCAAAUGCUGUGAAGCGCAAGGACAGCUUCAUCCAGUUCUUCGCAAUGACUGGAAUUCUGCUGCUGAGCGUCAGAUCGCUGGGCCAGAAGUACCGCCUCCACAAUCUUCAGGAGGACACGACGGCUCUCAAGGAGGAGCAGGAAGCCCUAGCCGAGCGCACGAGGAACAUCAAGCGGGACCUCCUCCACGAGGCCUCUCUCGAGCCCACUGGUCUCUUCGCUUCCAGGCUUCGCCUUCUCUUUGGAGAACGAGAGUGAUCGCACUGUGAGUUCAGGUUCUGAGGAUUCCUUCUCUUUAUUGUUACUCUAUGUAGCUAUUCGAUACGAAAUACAUUUGAUAAGUUGGAUGCUCAAUUUUAGUGGCUUCGCGAUUAAUAAUUGUUGUGGACCUACCUAGGGUUUUUGUGUGAGAGUUGGGGUUUAGGAUUCUGAAGCAGAAUGCAUGCUGUUUUGUGUUCUAAUUUCGAUCAAUUGCUAAUUUGAAUGUGACAAGGAAUUAAUAUUUCAAAUAACUUGUUGAACACUCUGCUCAA